GACUAGCAGACUGGUCAGACAGUUGACACAAGAGCACAAAGCCCAAUCAGUUUAAAAAAUGAGCAGCAGUCCUCUAUUGGUGAAUGUGGAAAACUGGAUUGCAGAGAACCAGAAGGCUUUUCUGCCACCAGUAUGCAACAAGCUCAUGCACUUUAUGCAGUUGAAUAUCAUGUUUGUUGGAGGUCCAAAUACCAGGAAGGAUUAUCACAUUGAAGAGGGGGAGGAGUUGUUCUACCAGCUGAAGGGAGACAUGUGUCUGAAAGUGAUUGAAAAUGGCAAACACAAGGAUGUCCACAUCAGAGAGGGAGAGAUGUUCCUGCUGCCAGCUCGAAUUCCCCACUCCCCACAGAGACAGGCCAACACUGUGGGACUGGUGGUGGAGAGGAGACGGCUGUUGACUGAGACUGACUGCCUGAGGUACUAUGUGGACCACACCACUGAUAUCCUGUUUGAGAAAUGGUUCUACUGUCAGAACCUCGGAACCCAACUGGUGCCAAUAAUCAAAGAGUUCAUGGCAUCGAAGCAGUGCGAAACAGGAAAACCUGAUCCAAAUGAAGUCUUCAGAGAGCCUCCGUUCCAGAUGAACACCAUGAACGUGAUGUCACCCUUCUCCUUCAGAGACUGGCUGGACAAACAGAGGCCGUCGCUGGCCAAUGGCAGGCCCGUCGACCUGUUCGGAGCUCAGUUCGAGACAGAGGCAAUGGUGUUUGGACCUGGGCUGACAGAGACAACGGUACAACAAAGUGACGUGUGGAUUUGGCAGAUGGAGGGAUCCUCAAGAGUAACUGUGAAUGAGCAGGAGUUCACUCUUUCUGCAGGAGACAGUUUACUUAUUCCUGAACAGAGCCAGUACCAGUGGCAGAGAGAUGAAAGGACUGUUGCCCUGUUUGUGGUUCAAAACCCUGAGCGGAAGAGACCCUGAUAAUGACCUGCCCAUUGACACAUUGAAUAUACAUUAUACUGUAUAUCUGGGGAGGAGAACGCACUUCACAAAUACAAGUAUAUGACAUGACAGGUACUACUGUAUCUGUCAAUGUAAGUGCAGUAAUGAGAAGUAUACUGUGUAUCAUCACAUGCAAUCAUUUAAAUCAUGCCCUCAAAUAUGUUAUAAGCUUCUGUUAUGUGUUAAUGAAAGUGAACUCUGACCCAUUUGAGUGUUAAUGGGCACAGGAGGUUGUUGAAACUGAAACUGUAAAUUGCACUUUGUUGUAGUUACAUACAUUAAAUUAAUUUUAUCGUUGCAAAUAAUUUUAUGGUAACAAAGACAUAAAUGUCUAUAGAAAUAAAACAGUGUGAUGAGAAUUUCUUCUUUUCUCUUCUACUGCAGUGGUUAUGCAUUUCAUUUAUUUUCCCACAACUGGAUUAAAAUGCCUCCCACUCCAACUUGCCUUGUAAACUGCGACAAGGUGUGUAGAUUUCCACAGGGUUGGGCCUUUCCCAGAGAAUCCCAGUACUGACUGGGCAUGAUUUCGCAGCAGCUGUGGCUGUGAGAAACGCUUAGACUUAUUUUUCCACUGAUAAAACUGUCUUUCAGUCAUGGGUGCAGCCACUCACCAGCUUCCCACCUUUCACAUCACUGGGAAGCCUCUUUAAGGUGAAACAGUAAAACUCUGUCUUUUCAG